GAGAGCGCGCUUCAUCACCGCGGCACGCCUCUCGUCGCCUAGUCUUGCACACCUUGAUUGCUUCCAUUGGUUUCCCUCCUCCUCUUCAUCCUUCUCUUUCUUUUCAUCUUCAUCGACCUUCCUCCUUCUCCUCCCCCUUCGUCCCGCACUUGAAAAGUCAUUGUCUUCCCUCCCCUUCUUUGCAUAUUAUUCUUUUGUUUCUCUUACAAUGUCCUCUGGUAAAGCAACCGUGAAAUCAGUCCUCUCCGCCGACAUGGUCGUCCUUAGUGGACGUCCUCGUGCUGGAGGUCCUCCUGCCACCCGCACCCUUGGUCUCAACUAUAUUCAGGCGCCAAAGCUUGGGAACAAGGACCGCUCUGAUGAGCCGUUCGCCUUCGCCGCCCGUAACUAUCUUCGCAAAUUGCUUGUUGGCAAGGAGGUCAUGUUCAGGGUCGACUACACGGUCCCGAGCACCGGACGUGAAUACGGUGCUCUUUUUCUGAACCAAGAGAAUGUCGCCCAUAUGCUCGUCCGCGAGGGCUGGGCAGAUGUGCGCGAGAUCAGGGCCUCGGACGCAGAGAAUGUUGAUGUCGAGGCCUUGUACUCUUACAAGGCCGAGGCACAAGCUGCCAAGCGCGGUAUCUGGGCAGAGAACGAAUCUGGUGUCCGUAAAGCCCACUACAACUUGGAGGGCGAUGCCGAAGAGUUUGUCGAGAAAUACAAGGGAAAGCAGUUACCAGCAAUCAUCGAAAGUAUUCGCGACGGCUCCACUGUCCGUGCAUGCUUAACGCUGCCCAACGGCGAAUAUCAGUACAUCACACUCAUGAUUUCCGGCAUUAGAGCACCCAUUAUCCGACAGGGACUUGCCAACACUGAUGAUCUUGUCGAGCCAUUCGCUGAGGAGGCCAAGUUCUUUGUUGAGAGCCGUCUCCUCCAGCGUGAAGUUCGCGUCGUUUUAGAGUUGGUUGGCCAGAACGGCAACAACAUUUUUGGAUCAAUCCUUCACCCUGCUGGAAAUAUUGCAGAGGCCUUGGUCGCCAACGGACUGGCUAAGGUUGCCGAUUGGAGUAUUACCCAUGUCACCGGUGGCCCAACCGUCCUUCGUGAGGCCGAGCGUAAGGCUCAGGCAUCCAAGCUACGCCUGUGGCAGGAUCACGUUGUAAAGUCCAAAGGUCAGGACCACGAGUUUGAUAGCACUGUCGUAAGAAUUAUGACGGGCGAUACCAUUAUUGUCCGUAACAGCAAGGGCCAGGAACGCAAGAUCCGACUCUCCAACAUCAAGGCACCAACAAGACUUCCUCAGCAAAAAGGAGUGGAGAUUGCAUCGUAUGACUAUGAGGCCAAGGAAUUCCUCCGCAAGAGACUAAUUGGCAAGAAUGUCCAUGUCACAAUCGAUUACGUCAAGCCUCCCUCAGAUCAGUUCCCAGAGCCAACAGAGUGUGCGACUGUCAAGGUUGGGGAGAUCAACGUUGGAGAGCAGCUCGUGUUGAAGGGUCUUGCCGAUGUGAUCAAGUCCAGAGACGACCGCUCUCAGUUCUAUGACCAACUCUUGGUUGCAGAAGCAAAGGCCAAAGAAGAGGGUAAAGGAAAGCACUCUGCCAAGGAGCCACCAAAGUACAAAUGGUCAGACGCUUCCGAGAACGCCGCCAAGGCCAAGCAGUUUCUGCCCUUCUUUCAGCGCGGACGCACGCAGGCCAUUGUGGAGUACGUUGCCAACGGCUCCCGUUUCAAACUGAUCAUCCCCAAGGAAAACUGCAAAAUGACCUUUGUUCUGGGUGGUAUUCGCUGCCCUCGCGCCGCUCGUAACCCUGGUGAGAAGGCGGAAGCAUUCGGUGCCGAGGCUCUUGAUUUCGUCUCUCGCCGCUGCCAGCAGCGUGAGGUUGAAAUUGAGGUCGAGUCCCUGGACAAGACUGGGGGUUUCGUUGGUACCAUGUGGCUCAACAAGACCGAGAACGUCGCUGCUCUUCUUCUGGAGGAGGGUCUGGCCUCGAUCCACAGCUACAGUGCCGACCAGAGCAAGCAAUCCAGUGCGCUCUACGCUGCAGAGCGCGCGGCCAAACAAGAGCGAAAGAACCUGUGGACUAAUGUGGACCCCAACGCGGCAGUCGAGGAAGAAGAGGUCGAUACCGCCAAGCCCAUCAAGAAGGAAUACCUGGAUGUUGUCGUUUCCGAGAUCGUCUCUGGCGGACACUUUUACGUCCAGGUGAUCAACCAGCAAACCGAAAGUCUUGAGAAGAUGAUGUCGGAGCUUGGAAUUCACCAUAAGAACGCGUCGACUGCUCCUCCGAAUUGGAAGCCGCGUCUUCACGAGAUCGUGAGCGCAAAGUUCACAGAGGACAACCAGUGGUACCGCGCUAAGGUCGUCCGCAACGUUGCAGAAUCCAAGAGCGUUGAGGUCAUUUAUGUCGACUAUGGCAACUCAGAAACCAUCCCCUUGAGCCGCGUUUGCCCCCUACCCACACAGUUCAGCAGUCUUCCUCAGCAGGCACACGAGUCCUUUCUCUCAUACGUCAAGGUCCCUGAGCUCAAGGAUGACUAUGGCAUUGAGGCUGCGAACCGAUUCCGCGACCUGGUUUCGGGUCGUCAAUUGGUCGGAGUUGUUGAUCAGCGCGAGCACAAUGUCAUGCAUCUCACUCUCUACGACCCUGCUGUCUCUGAAGACCCUGACCGCAGUUUGAAUUCAGAGAUGGUUCGUGAUGGUCUCGCCACUGUGUUUGUCAAGACACGCUACGCCCGCCAUCCUAGCAACCAGAGUCUGGUCACCAAACUCCAGGAAGCAACCGCAUUGGCUAAGCGCGAAAGGCUGAAUCUGUUUGAGUACGGCGACAACACUGCCGAUGACGAAGACUCGCGCUAUUAAGUAUAUCUGUUUGGAAGGGCAUGGACGCACGACUAGACAGUAUCGUUUAUUUUGAAAUUUUGAACAAAUUGCCUGUAAAUAAAAUAUAAAGAAAAGAGCCACCCCUUCGAACAUCAUUUUGUAUCCACAUCUCUUACGAGGAUUGGUGG